GUGAGGCCAUAGGUGAAAUAGGUUCCGUAGUCCAAUUAAUUGACAUUUGUGGUUGCUACGUCGUUGUAGUGAUCACCAUCAGGUUGCAUGUUCGUCUUACGCCUACGAGGUAGCUGCAGACGAAGGGUAAAAAAAAAUCACUUUUUUCUUACAUUUCUGUCCACUAGCUCCCACAACAAAAGCUGCACAUUCUUAAGGAGCUCUCCAACAUGGCGCCUGCACAAUCUAUAAACUUAAGUCGGAGCUAUUUCUCCGUCUUAAUCUCCCGCAUUCAGCGUAUUGGUCGAAACAGCCACAAGCUGCACACGAGUUAACGGAGCUAAAGAAAUGGUAGGAAUUAUGUUUUACGUGCAGGGAUAUCUUUCAUAUAGUUUCAGCCACAGCUAUUCAAACGCACUGUAUAUGAAACUCAAGUUAACUCUGUUGCAGAACCCGAACACUGAUUGGUGAAGAGCGCAAAUCUCUCUGCUGAUUGUCGCGUCGCCUAUGGACAACACUGCUGUAAAUCGCAACUUUUCUAGCACAACAAAAUAAAAUAUCCGCACGCAAUAUACGCAAAGACAAACUUCAUUUUCCAUCGACACUUUUUUUUUUUUUUUUUGCUGCCGGGUCAGCUAUAUUUCAAACACAUUUUAGCGGCUGAUGGAUGACGACCAGUUUCACGAAGUUUGAAGCGGAGUUUCGGAACGGGUGUCAUUGUAACUUUUACCGCCGACGACAGCGUGUGAAUACGUAGUAUGCACGUGACGUCACAUCCGCUGCUGUCGUCUGCUUCCGCUACCUUCCGCUACCUUCCGCCAUCUUGGUGAACCUAAUGAACAGGCGCACCGCCGUAAACCGCAAGUCGCGGAGUAUCCCUGAACGACGUACGUGCAUACUAUGUGUACGACCUCGCAGGUACAGCAAAUCGUCGCCACCGCAGACGGCUGACAACAAGACCGAGGUCUUCAUCCAGCUCGAAGUGACGUUUGUGGGCGACAUACGGGAGGCGGCGCUGAGCAGCUUCGAGCUUCACGCCUGGGUGUCGCUGCUGUGGCGCGACUCGCGCGUCAACGCCGAGAUCCUGCGCCAGCUGGGCCACCGCAUCAUGCCCGAGUUCUUGGAGCGUAGCGUGUGGCGGCCCAGCGUCGUCUUCGAGGGCGUCGGCGAGGUGGCCCGCUGGGACGAGCCGGACGUCUUCGUCAGGGACGACGACUUCCUGCUGUCUCGCCAGAGAACCGUCUUCCAGGUCCUGUGCCUGGGCCAGCAGAACAACGUCAUCCUGGGCGUGACCGUGUGCAGCCUGGUGGUCAAGCUGCUCCACGAAGCCGACAGCGUGCCCAGCCUCGUCUGGAUCGGCAACGACACGGCGAGCCCGUUGCGCGGGCAGUACGACAGCGUCACCGUCCACGGGGACGUGCGGCCGUUCCUCCACACGCUCGUCAAGGUCGAGCCCGUUCAGCGCGACGACGCUUCCGCCGUAGGGGGCGCUCCCGCGGUCGUGGCCGACUUCCACUUCUCCAAGGUGACGUGGUCGUUCCUGCUGUCCACCUACGUGCCGUCCACCAUGGUGGUGGUCGUCUCCUGGAUCGCCUUCUGGAUGGACGUCGGUGCGGCCGCCUGCCGGGUCACGCUGGCCGUCGCCUGCCUGCUCAUGCUGAUCGCGCAGGUCGGCCACAACCGCAUCGCCAGCCCGCACGCCUCGCAGCUGCAGCCCGGCGACGUCUGGUUCUUCGUGAGCGCCGUGGCCGUCUUCUGCAGCCUCCUGGAGUUCGUGGCGGCCCACGGCGCCUACCGCGACCAGGCCCGGGCGCAGGGCGCCGGCGCGACCGGCGCGUCGGCCGUGACCGAGCCCCGCUACCGCGUCUACCGCAAGCCGCCCACCAUGAGCGCGCUGACGGUUGUGUGCGACGCGGCGAGCCAGACGGAGCUCUCGUACCGCGCCUACCGCGCCAACGAGCUGGACGUUCUCGCGAGGGUCAUCUUCCCGAUCGCGUUCACGCUCGUGGCGUCCAUAUAUUUCCUGUGGUACGCGGCGUCGUACGAGUGAGCGGAGACAAAGCGGGGACUUCUUUCUUCCUUCUGCUCCUUGUGGACAGGCGUGGACGUCUCCUGCGGCCCCCUUGGCACGUGUGCUUAAACACUGCAAGAAUGUUGAACUUUACUUUCUUUUUACUGUAAUAGUUGUGUUAAAAAGCAUUAUUGCGUUGGAAGGCUCAUUACCUUGUACGUAAUCGCGCACUUUGUGUAUGCUGGUAAACAGCUUUAUAG